AUGAAGCACGAAGAAUCAGUUCUUGUUCUGAAAAAUAUGGUUGAUUCUGCAACAGAAUCUGCCCUUCUUGAGACUGUAAAACACCAAAAUAAAAGUGAUAAAAUUAAUAUUGUUGAUAAAUUUGUGAUUCAAGAGAAGCCACAUAACCUAACCAAAGAUGAAGAAGAUGAUGAUCAUGAUGGAAACAUUCCUAUACCUUAUAAGAAAGCCACAUAUGGAUCUGAUUUUUCAAGAAAUGAGUCAGGAGGUUGGGUAGAAUUGGAUCGAAGCUUAACGGAUAAACAAGUAAGUGUGCAUAACUCUGAAACUAAGAAAUCUAAUGAUUGGCAUGACGUUGUUGACAUUGAAAUGGCAUUACAUUUGGGGAUUAUUGUUUCUGAUUUGUUAAGUCCACCAUGA